AUGGGGAACAUCACAGAUGACGUCACCAUCCCGAACCCCCCUCCGACCAUCUCCGUCGUGGCCGUCCCCUUCCCGGCGCAGGGCCACCUGAACCAGCUCCUCCAGCUCUCAUGCCUCCUCGCCUCCCGCGGACUCCCCGUCCACUACGCUGCCUCCGCCACCCACAACCGCCAGGCCCGAGCCCGCGCCGCCGGCCACCUCAACUCCUCCGCCGUCUCCCGCAUUGUUUUCCACGACCUCCCCGUCCCCUCCUUCCCUUGUCUCUCCCCCGACCCCCUAUCCACCUGCCGCUUCCCUUCCCACCUCCAGCCCGCCUUCGACUCCGCCCUCCACCUCCGCGCCCCACUCGCCGCCCUCGCCGCCGCCCUGCCUGGCCGCGUCGUCUUCAUCCACGACCCCCUCAUCUCCUCCGUCGUCCCCGACCACCUCGAGUCCUACGCCUUUAACUGCCUCUCAGCUUUCUGCGACGUCAAGUUAACCCACGAGCUCGCCGGAAUCCCCUGCCCCGUCCCCACCCUCCGCCACCUCCCCCCCAUCUCCGCCAGCAUUUCUGACGGCCUCCAGGUCUUCAUCGGCGGUCAGUACCCAGCCCUCCAACGCAGCUCUGGCAGCCUUUACAACACGUGUCGGGCUAUGGAGGGCCCGUUUCUCGACAUUCUGGAGUCCCAAGGAGGUCGGAAGAUUUGGGCCGUUGGGCCCAUGCUGGCGGCAAAGUUGGUCGGUUCGGGUUCGGGUUCGAGAAAGAGGCACGAGUGUUUAGAGUGGCUCGACGGGCAGGAAGUAGGGUCGGUUUUGUACGUCACGUUCGGGACAACGUGCUCGCUCACCGACGAGGAGAUAACCGAGCUAGCUCUCGGACUGGAGUCGAGCGGGCACGGGUUUCUAUGGGUGCUCCGGGAUGCCGACAAGGCCGAUGUUUUUGACCGGAAAGUUAGGAAUGUUCAGUUGCCUUCAGGUCAGGUCAACAGGCGGGUUCAUGAGCCACUGCGGGUGGAACUCGUGCAUCGAGAGCAUUGUGGCUGGUGUUCCGAUUGCGGCUUGGCCCAUGCACUCGGACCAGCCGACCAACGCCAAGCUCGUGACUGA